UCAAGCAUGCGUGUAAGUGCAUCACUCACUGUAAACAACACGAGGCCGUCAAACCGACGACCCACUUUCUUCUUCCUCUCGCCGUCGCCGUCGUCGCCCUUUCGCCUCCAGCUAAAAAUACCUAUCCCUUCCACUUUGCUUCCCUCCUUUUCACCAUUGUACAUUCCUUUGAGGACGCAGAAAUGACGAAUUUGAUGUUGUUGAUCCUUUUAGCUGGUAAUCUUUGCCACUUUGCGUUAGCUGAUCAGAUCUUCCCAGCUCAAUUAGCAGGUGGUACAUUUAGUCGCAACUCUCGUGGGCCAAAAUACAAUAUUGAAUUCCAUCCACAAGACUCGCCGUACAAUCCGGACGAUGACCAGGAAUCUGUGUUUAUGCCCAAUAAAAAUGGAAAGAAUUACUUAUGUUACUUGCCUAAGGUGGAGAAGUCCAAGAGCGGAAAGCCAACUGUUCAACUGAACAUGAGUAGCAUGAUUGUGGAAUCUGAGAAGCGAGUCAAAUUGAAGACUCCAGAUGAGCUGCUUGAGGCAUUAAAAGAGCAAUGCUUUGUCCGGCAAGAGGGUUGGUGGACAUAUGAAUUUUGUUACCAGAAAACACUAAGACAAUUUCAUUUGGAGGAUGAAAAGGUAGUUCAGGAGUUCGUAUUGGGCGUCUAUGAUGCAGAGGCAACUGCUAAUCUCAAUGAGAAUCUCUCUGAUAUAUCUACUUUGAAGGAUCCUCGCUCAAAAGAUGCAUCCCAAAGGUAUCAUGCUCAUCAUUACACAAAUGGAACCAUGUGUGAUCUAACAAAUCAACCGCGAGAAACUGAGGUUAGAUUUGUUUGCUCAGAGCCUAGAGCCAUGAUUAAUUCUAUCACAGAACUAUCAACAUGCAAGUAUGCACUUACAGUGCGAUGCCCGACGCUUUGCAAGCAUCCGUUAUUCCAGGAAGAGAGACCAGUGUGGUACAUCAUUAACUGCAACGUACUCCCCGAUGAUUACAAGGAAACAGAGCGGAGUGAAGAACUAGCAGAUGAGAUCGUUAUGGUUACAGACGUCAAAUAUCCAAAAAAUGAAUCUGAAGAUUAAUGUGAUUAUAUCAUAGAAUUUUUAUCAACCAAACUAACCUUACAAAAGAAGCUAUUCCUUUGUAGAUUUUUUUUCACAAAUGCAAAUUAUAUAAUUGAUGCGAAGAUCAAUCCAUCGAUUUUCAAGCCCCUCGACGAAAAAUACCCGUGCGGAAUUUCGUAUGCUUUGAUCAUAUUUGAAUAUAUAGGUCAACCUGAAAGCUACUGAUAUAGCAAUAAUUUUAUGA